AUGGAUUUGAAAGGCUCCAAGAAGACCUGCUGUUCUAAGAAAUACACUGCCAAGCUCAAGAUGAGAUUUGCCAAGAGGUUUCCUUACAGGUUAUGUUGGUUAACGGAGCCCACCACCGUGCCCCCACUGUCUUGGAAGGUCAAGAGAAACUCACUAAAGGACCAGCUGCCCUUACAGAAGAAGCUGUUGCCAACACGGUCCAUCCCCAUCCCAGGAGGCACAGGGAGCAAGGGAUUCUACCAGGCCAUGGCGCUGCCUGUACACAGGCAUGCUCAGCCAGUGGAGGCCCAAGAAGUGUUGGGAAUCUGCUGCAUCCAGCUUGGAUUUCCAAGGCUGGAAGAGCAGGUGGCUGGAGGGGUGUGUGAGCCACUUCCUGCAUCUCCAUGGCAGCCAUUGGCUACAGAGGUUGCCUAUGGGGCUGGGACAGGCCUGGCUGGAGACAGAACUGUCAAGAGCCUUCCCUACCCUGGCUGGUUGCAACCUGCAGGGUUCCCUGGGUCAGGUGUGGUUCUGUGUGACUUCUCUAGGGCCGUUUCUCCGGACUUUACAUGGCCAUUCACCUUCUCCCCGCCAUCCCGGCCUCCACCGCGGCGUAACAGCUGGGAACAUAAAUUAGUGAGCCUCCGUUUCCCCAAACAAGACCUUCACAAGCAGCCUCCCCCACAGUCCCCUGAUAACCAGCCCAAGCAGCCUCCCCCACAGUACGCUGAUAACCAGUUCCUCACCUGUAGGGAAUUACAGCCAUCUGGGCACGUUUCCUAGAACGCUAAGUUUCCAUGGCUGCUUUCUCAGCCACCUCUCUGCUCCAGACAGCUGCCUCAGGACAUUUGUAAAGAGAGCAGCCUUGCAGGCCACCAAAAAAACAGGAGUAGGUCAUCCUGCACACGCAAAGACCAUACAGCACCAAUAAACUUUGCAGGUUCAAAUCCCAUUUCUGCUUGGACUGGUCAGUUUGCCUCUAGUUUCUCUUGCAGUAAAGAUUAAAAACAGCAAAUGAUACUUUUAGAACAUUAUCCAAACACAUGCACAUGUAAAUCAAGGUAUGGGGUAAUAAGGGUGCAGUCAUUCUAGUAGUUGGAAAUAGCAAGAGUGGCAAGCCAACCAAACACCCGCUAGGAUGCACUGCUAAUGCUCACGGCCACGCCCACAAUCUCAGGCAGCCAUCAAAAGAAGGAAGCAACUAUGGACUGACCUGGAAUAAUCUACAGAGCAUAGCAGUAUUUUUUUUUAAGCCUAGAAGUAUCUGACAAGCUGUCUUAUCUCUAUUAAAAAUGUGUGUGUGCAGGAGUCUAUGUGUGUUGCCUGUGAGGGGACACGCUGGCAUGUGAGGGUACGUCUAGAGGGAGCACAGUAGUCAGUCGGUGCCUCAUCCGAAGGCAUGUACGUGUAACGGCCAUCAGCAUGAGUAAGGACUGAGGGGGUGGCUGCUGAGCACACGGCAAACCCUAACAGGACGAAAGCCAGGAUAUAUGCCUAGCAGAGAGGGUGGGUGACCACAGCCCCCAUCAUCUCACUCCACAGUUUGCCUAGAAGGAUGAAGCUACGGUUUCCGGUUGCUGGGGAAAACUCCAGGGACUGUCCAUUCCUCCAGUGGAAAGAAGGGCAGUCUGGGGCAAGAAUUCAAACAGCAGCAGCAGCGGUGGCUUUGGCAGCUCCUUCCCUGGUCCAGAGCCACACAGUCCUGUGGCUGCUCACAGUGCCCUGAAGGCCUUAGGCGGGCUCCUGUGAGGGGGAACGCAGCCCUAGCAGGGUGAAUGUGACUGAGCAGGAAGAAGCCAGGGCCUCUCUGCUCCCCACAGACACAGUCUGCCAUUGCUGCUCUGUCAGUCAGCUGCCUGACGUCCUUCUUUACAUAGAAAUCCGAGUAGAUCAAACUCUCCAAUGCUGACAAUCCCAACCCUUGAGUGCCUGAGGCCCAGAAGCUGCACUGGCACAGCCAAAGGCUGCAACUCAAACCCAGAGAGCCAGGGCUGUUGCUCCAGGACAUCGAAUCCAGAGACUCCAGGGCUCCAGGUGCUCAGGCUGGGGAAUGGUUUCCUGGGACUGUAACCAGAAGCCCGGCAGCUAGGCAGCUGUAACCCUCAGCUUCUGGCAACAGUUGAACAGCAGACAGCAGGCAAUGUCUGCAACUGUCACAGCUUCUGGACAGGUGUUGGGUGUCA